AUGUUCGAGAAGACACGUCAGAGCUAUGGCGUCAAUGAAGUUCUACUUGCUUCUGUUCUUGGUGCCAUUGUGUUUUCGCUUUUUGCGGCUCAGCCGUUGGUCAUUGUCGGUGUUACUGGUCCCAUCACUGUGUUCAACUAUACUGUCUAUGAUAUCAUGACUCCUCGAGGGACACCGUAUCUUGCAUUCAUGUGUUGGAUUGGGAUCUGGUCUUUAAUAAUGCAUUGGAUACUGGCUAUCACUAAUUCCUGCAACGCUCUGACAUAUGUCACCCGAUUCUCGUGCGACAUCUUUGGGUUCUACGUUGCUUGCAUCUAUAUCCAGAAGGGCAUCCAAGUUCUCACCAGACAAUGGGGCUCCGUAGGAGAGACCUCUGCUUACCUGAGUAUCAUGGUUGCACUACUUGUCCUGAUGUGUGCGUGGAUCUGUGGAGAACUGGGUAACAGCAAUCUUUUCAAGCGACCUAUUCGGAAAUUCCUGGAAGACUACGGUACACCUUUGACCAUCAUUUUCUUUACCGGCUUCGUCUACAUCGGUAAGAUGAAAGAUGUUGAUGUUGCUACACUCCCUACUAGCAAGGCUUUUUUCCCUACCACUGACCGGCCUUGGCUUGUGCAUUUCUGGGAUAUCAAUGUUGGAGAUAUCUUCCUUGCCAUCCCAUUUGCGAUUCUUCUCACAACUCUCUUUUACUUUGAUCACAAUGUGUCAUCUCUCAUUGCCCAAGGAACCGAAUUUCCUCUUCGGAAGCCAGCUGGCUUCCAUUGGGACCUUUGGCUCCUUGGUCUUACAACCUUUGUGGCUGGAAUUCUGGGAAUACCAUUUCCCAAUGGCCUGAUUCCCCAAGCCCCCUUCCACACUGCCGCUCUCUGCGUCACUCGACAGGUCGCAGACGAAGAGGACACAAACAAGGGCAAAGCUAUCCGGGUAACAGACCACGUAGUAGAGCAGCGAGUCAGCAACUUCGCACAAGGACUUUUGACCCUAGGAACAAUGACUGGGCCCCUUCUCAUCGUCCUGCACUUGAUUCCACAGGGUGUCAUGGCUGGUCUGUUCUUCGUUAUGGGUGUCCAGGCUCUACAGGGCAAUGGUAUCACGCAAAAACUUGUAUUUCUUGCCGAAGAUAAGAAGUUCACCUCCGCAUCAAAUCCUCUCAAGCGAAUCGAGCGCCGUUCCGCCAUCUGGGCCUUUGUCGCUCUUGAGCUGCUUGGCUUUGGUGCGACUUUCGCUAUCACUCAGACAAUCGCUGCCAUCGGGUUUCCUAUUAUCAUUCUUCUCUUGAUACCGGUGCGUUCGUUCCUGCUUCCUCGAUGGUUCUCCCGCGAGGAGCUUGCAGCCCUCGAUGGACCGACAGCUAGUCCAUUCACAAUGGAAAGUGUCGGUGGCACUCACGGAAUGGAGGACUACGAUGAAGCGGCGGCUAGCGGCGCCCGGGAUGAAUAUUCUAGUGGAGAUGGUGGAGUCCUAAGAAACCGAACUUCGGCUUCUCCGGAAUCUGCAGUCGAAGAGGAUGAUCUCGAGCGAGGUGAGACGUAUGAGCUUCCCUCCCGGGUUUCGCGCAGAAGAAGCACAGCUAGCAGGGUAGACUAA